AUGGCUACAGACGAUGCCGCUGCUCCUCCAAGCGGCCUCAUUCUCUCCCUACUCCCGCCGAAACCCUACUCUCUUGCCAUCACAAACCUAACCAUCGGUGCACCAGCUUCGAAGCGACGUGUUCUACCGUUUCUCAAGGGAAGGAAGAGGGAUUCAGAGGGCUCGUUGCCCGAACCAGCGGCAAUCGUACGUUCCGCCUCUGGGACCUGUGGUGCCGGGGAAAUGCUUGCAAUCAUCGGCGGUUCAGGAAGUGGCAAGACAACGCUGCUGAAUGCUGUCGCAGGAAGAUUACACGGACUACCUAUCCUAGACGGCUCCAUAUCCUUCACGCCAGCCAGCGAGCAACAGAGAAAGACUGCCAAGGUAUCGAAAAUCAUUGGUUUUGUGCGCCAGAACGACUAUCUGCUUCCCCACCUGACGGUUCGAGAAACGCUACUGUUCUCGGCUGCCCUUCGUCUGCCCAAGACGGUGGAGAAGAGUGCCGUCCGUCAAAUUGUAGAGCAAACGAUCGAGGAGCUUGGGCUGAAAGAAUGCGCGGACACGGUGGUCGGUGGAAUCUUUCGCAAGGGAAUCUCUGGAGGCGAACGCAGACGUCUCUCCAUCGGUUGUGUCCUCGUCACUAUGCCCUCGGUGCUUAUUCUAGACGAACCGACAACAGGACUCGACGCGACUACGUCUUUCGUACUUCUGCAAACUCUUUCUGAGCUGGCCAAACGCCAUUCACGCACAAUCAUCCUCUCGUUGCAUGCUCCACGCUCCGAUGCCUUCUCUCUUUUCGAUCGUCUCAUGGUCCUUUCCAAAGGCGACGUUGUGUAUAGCGGUAGAGGGGAAGACAGUCUUGCGUGGUUCGAAGGGCAUGGCUGUGAACUUCGGAAGGAGACAAACCCGCUUGACUUCCUGAUCGAUGUCACCAGUAUCGAUAACCGCUCUGCAGACCGCGAGGAAGAAUCAAAGACUCGCGUUGCUGCACUCGUACAAGCUUGGAAAGAUCGCGAUCCUAAAGACCAAGCACCACCACCAUUUCAACAGGUCGCUAUCGCCCAUACGAUCUCCCGAACAUCUCAGUCUCAUGGCGGGCUGGCGGCAGACGAGGAGAAGGACAUACAAGCUCGACCGGGAAUCAUCCAGCAGACAACCAUCUUGCUACACCGCUCACAUUUGAACGUCUAUCGCAACUUGGGUCAGAUUGCCGGGUUUCUGUUGCAGAGCAUCGGCAUCGGAGUGUUUAUGGGCUUGACGUAUUUCAAUCUCAAAGGAAAUCCAGCGGAUAUUCAGAGCUUGAAGGGCGCUUCUUUCCAAUUUUUCCCGGGAUUUUGGUAUUUAACUCAAGUUUACUGGAUCUACAAGUACUGCAACGACUUGAUCAUUUUUGAUCGAGAACGAGAGGACCGGCUUUACAACACGUUUCCCUACAUUAUCGCUGAAUUUAUUGCCACUCUUGUACCAACAACCAUCCCCCCUACCAUAUAUGCUGUAAUAUUUUAUCUGCUCAGUAAUAUGCGCCGCGACGAUUUCGCCGCCAACAUCUUCAUCGUAGUCGCCAACGCCAUAUGCAUGCAAUGGUCGACACAGGGAUUGGCUCUCAUAGCCGCAUCUAUCUUCCGUGGUUUCCCCCAAGCUUCGAUGUGUGCCAACGCUUUAUCGCUAUUCUUUACUCUUUCUGCUGGAUUCUCGUUAACUGUGGUGCCCGUUUGGCUCCGCUGGAUCAAGUGGAUAUCGACCACGUUCUACUCAUUCCGCGUCAUGGCCAUAACCCAGUUCAAAGAUCGUACAUUCGAAUGCGAAGGCGUUACUGGCGUCGCCCUCUCCCAAUGUGACGGCAACAAUGUUCUGCGCUCUCUUGACUUUAGUGUGGAUACACCGCUCAUCGUCUAUUUUGCUGCAGAAAUUGCAAUCAUAGUUGUACUGCACUUAUUGGCUGGGUUGAUCCUGCAAUUUUACAAGCCCGGAGGCGUGAAGCACGCCACUGCUACUGGGCAGGACCAUCGGGGCAAAGAAUCAAUGAUGGGAGAUAUGGACAUUCCGCGCGCCAAGAUCAAUGUGGAGGUCCGCAACCUUGGCUUCAAAUGGAUCAGCUCCGGCCUCCCCUUCGGUAUUCGCCGCGCGGAAACGAAGCCAAUACUCAACGAUAUUUCGACCUACUUUCCCGCUGGCGAGAUUUCUGCGAUCUUGGGUCCGUCUGGUGCCGGAAAAUCGACCCUGUUGCAGCUACUCGCCAAUCGGAAACUCAAUGCAGGACCCAACGCGCAUUUCGAGACGAGUGGAGAGCUCUUGUUUAAUGGUUUACCGGCAACGGACGACGUGCGCCAUUCGGUUGCAUUUGUGGAACAGGAGGACGACUACCAUCUUAGCGCCUUGACUGUGCGAGAAACGCUUCGAUAUGCUGCGAUCUUGAGAUUACCAGCCAAAAUGAGCAAAAAACGAAAGAUAGCCCGCGCCGAAGAAGUAUUGCUCAUGCUGGGAUUAAAGGAUUGUGCAGAUGUGCUUGUUGGUGGCGAAUUGCUCAAGGGCAUUUCUGGCGGAGAGAAGAGACGUUUGUCGCUUGCUGUCCAGAUGAUCAGUGACCCCAGUAUUCUGGUUGUUGACGAGCCUACUUCUGGCCUCGACUCGUUCAUUGCGAAUAACGUUAUGGAAUGUCUGAAGGAUAUUGCGCGCAGCGGCCGAACGGUCAUAGUCUCCAUCCACCAACCGCGUUCCGACAUCUUCCAUGCCCUCGACAACCUGCUUAUUCUCGCCAAAGGCGGCAAUGCUGUGUUCAGUGGCAAACGGGAAGAAGCGAUCCGUAUUAUGGACAGUCAAGGCUACCCACUACCCUCAAUUUGGUUCAAUCCCGCUGAUCAUCUGCUCGAUCUCGUUACGGUCGACCAGCGCUCAGCACAAGCCGCCUCAUCACGUGACCGCGUCAAUAAUCUCGUCACUUUUUGGAAAUCGUAUCGAGAAAAGGUCGACAAUGGCGACGCACCGAAACCGGAAGGAGUCAUCGAGUCUUCGAUUGUAGCUGAGGGCCGCUUUACACCAAUCUACAUUGCGUUUCCCGUCGUUUGGGAGAGGAUGUUCCGAAACCUGUGGAGGCAGCGGGAUGCGUUUUGGAGUCGCCUUACGCAAACUCCGUUGGCAGGAAUACUACUGCUUAUGUUCUUUGAAAGGCUUCGGUUUGGUCCUACUGCUGGUCAAGAUCGAAUUGGUGUUGUCCUACAAUCUACCUCAGCAAUCCCUUUCGUUGGCCUGAUUGGUGGAAUUGCUAUCUUCCCUCAAGAUCGACAACUCUUCAUGCACGAAUAUCGCAGCUCAGCCGCUUACUCGGUUACGACGAUGAUACUUGCAUAUUCGUUGAUGGAGGUCCCGUUCCAAUUUCUGGCGGCCCUAUUUUAUGGUAUCUUCAUGAAUGUCGCAGUCGGAAUGCAAACCAGUGCUCGAAUAUACUUCGAGUACUGCGUGACUAUCUGGGCACUGAAUAGCUUUGGAGAGAGCGUUGCUAUCAUCUUCGCGUCUUUCUUCGAUGCCAUGGGCUUUGCAGUCUCGCUCGUGUCGACGGUGUUGUCGAUGGUGACCCAAUUCAGCGGAAUUCUGUCCCUUUCGGUCCCGUAUUGGUUACAGAUCAUUGCUUGGGGAACCCCACUCAAGGCAACUCAACGACUUCAAUUCAUCAACGAGUGCUCGGGUCUCCAGUUCCACUGCUCUGAGUCGGACAUCGCGCGGGGUGUCUGCACUGCCGUCUCGGGCGAACAACUGCUGCAAUUGUACUCGUUCGAUGACCGGAAUACCGCGAAGCUGGUUGGGAUCGCGGUGUCGUGUGCGGUUGCGUGGCGGCUAUUAGCGUGGGCUGCGUUGCGCGCGCGGAUGUGGCGGGAGUAA